AUGCAGGGCUUCAGCGGGACAGUGCCGGACCAGGACGUCGACUUCAGCGCCUUCCUCGACGACGCCGCGUUCGACAGCGAGUCCCCCGCCGCCUCCCACCCGCUUCCUCGUCUUGCCCUCGACGCGCUCGCGGGCAAGGGCAGGGCGGGACAGCUUCAGGGUGCCCAGGCAGGCACUCCGACCGCGUCCACCUCGUCGGGCAACUCGCCCGGCGUGAGCGACUCCACCUCAUCCCCUUCCGCUGCUCCUCCUGAGACGGCCCUCACUUCGGCGUCGACCUCGCCGCGCAACGCCCAGCUGGCCCACUUUGCGGCCAUGAACCCGGCGGGAAAGCUGCCCGACGGCCUCGAGCAGCUCGCCGCCAACUGGCAGGCCCACCAGGAGGCGGCGCGCCAGGCAGAGGCCGCAUUUCAGCAGGCGGCGGCAGCGGCGGCGCAGGCGGCAGGGUACCCUCUCGCGGGCGCACAGGGCUCUCACGGAGUCGCUGCGUACACGGCGCAGCUCGGCGCGCUAUCGUACCCUCAGGCUAUCGCCCCUAUCGCUCCCCUCACACCUGUAUCGUCCUCCGCCUCGUACCCGGCCCAGCUUCCGCACGACUGGCUCUUUGCGGCGCACAGCGCAGCGCCAGCCUACUCGGGCACGACGACGCCCAUCUCGCACCCGUCCUUCACCGCCGGACAAUCCCCCUUCGUGCCCGCGGUCGCCGCCUCCGCCCAAAGUCCCCUGACGUCGCUCAACCACCUCGGACAGGUCGCCUCGCCCGCGGGCGCGAUCGACCCGAGCCUCUACGCUCUCCAUGCCAGCCUCGAGGCGCAGGCGAGGAUGGCCGCGGCCGCGGCGGCAGGCCAGACUUCGUCGACGCCGGGAACGCCGUCCGGCUUCGACCUCGCCUUCUUUCAGCAGCAACAGCAGGCGGGCCCGUCUUCAUCCACUGCCUCGUCACCUCGUGCACACUCGAGGGCGGCGUCGGGACAGGGUCACAGGCCUGCGAGCGCGUUGGCCAAGUCGGCGCUGGGAUUGUCGGCUGGUGGAUCGGGCAGGCCUGUUGGAGUUCCUCAGCGGAUACGGACAGACGCGAGCCAGCACACCUCGCCCUUGGCAUCUCCUGCGAUGCUACCAGGCAUCGACUUUGCGUCCUUGCCGUCGACGGUGUACGGGUCGCCGACGGGCGACUCGACUACUCCGACCACAACGACUCAUAAACGCCCGCUCCCUCCCAUGCCUCCCGCCCGUCUCGACACUUCUUCUACCACGUCGCCAUACUCGUCACUCCCCUCGAGCGCCGCCGUCUCGCCCGCUGUCUCGCACAACCCGGCCUUGCCUUCCACCCGCCUGGCCUCCUCAUCAACUCUUCCUCCGUCCUCGCAACCCCAAUCUCCUCGCUCGGCUCAACAGUCCCGCCACGUCCCCGUCGACUACGACUUCUCCUCCCUCGAGCAAGACCUCGACCGUUUCUCGUCGCUCGGCGGGUUCGCCUCGGCCGCAGCAGCCGCCAUCGCCUCCGUCAGCCCAUCGACAUCCGUCGCUGCUCUUCCGGGCCCUUCAGCGCCUCAACAGCGAAAUUCGAGCGUGUCGAAACCUUCGGAUGCGUACGGAUCGCUUGCGAGUCCGAAGGUCGUCGCAGAGGUACUGGGCGAGAGCCUGUUCUUCCCUCCUCCGCCUUCGUCGGGCAGCGCAAAGGCCAGUCCUGUCGCGAGCGGGUCGGCAGGCGGAAGUGUCGGGACAGGCAGUGCGGGCGCGAGUCCCGCUGCGUUCAGCACGGGAACCGGAGCUGGAAAAGGUGUCUCGUUCGCUCCCUCGCCUUCGGUAGGCGACUCGUCCGCCUCGCCAUCCGGCUCGACCAUCAUCGACGAAGACUCUGCCGAGCUCCUCUCGCGCAAAGACCCGAUCGCCGCACAAGUCUGGCGCAUGUUCCACAAGGCCAAGAACACGAUGCCCAACGGCGCGAGGAUGGAGAACUUGACGUGGAGGUUGAUGAGCAUGACGCUGAGGAAGCGGAGGGAGGAUUCGGCGCCUGGCAGUGCGGGUCCCGAGUGCACGGCGAGUCAGGCGCCUAGUCCGGGGACGGAGGAGGCGAGGUUGAGGAGGGCGAUGGAGGAGGCGCUGGAGGAGCAGCGCGAGGAGAACGAUACGGUACAGCCGUUGGCAAGCUCGUCGGGCAGAAUGCGCGGCGGGAGAGACAGGAGCGAUAGUGGUGCGAAGCGGGCUGCGGCGCCGCCGCCUCCUGUGCGUGCUGAGGACGCUGCGGAGCAUGAGGAGGAGCGAGGACGAGGGAGGCGGACGAAGAGCGGGAACCAGAGCAAGAGCAAGAGCUCGACGCCCGAGGCGGAGGAGCAGCAAGACGACGCGAUGGAUUGGCGGGCCAUGUCCAAGUCCCGGUCUCGCAGUCGGGCACCCGACAUGAUGGAUUGGCGAGCGCAGUCUCGCUCACGGUCCCGCGCGCCCGACUUCCGCGUCUCCGUCGCUCCUCCUGCGAUCGACAACACGCCUGCCGUUGCCAACUUUUCCCGCUUCUUCUCCGACAAUGGCCUCCCUUCUCCCGUCAACGAGUCGCCAUCCGAGAUGCCGCCUCCGCCCCUACCUGCCUCUGCCUCGUCCACCGCUCCUCGACCACUCUCCAUCACUACGCAGGACGCCAACUCUGCAGCCCUCGCAGAACUCGCAACUUCGCUCGGCCUUUCUCCGCAGGACCAGGCAGAGCUGUUCGGUUCCGCUUCGGCACGGUUCGACGGCCACAGCCUACUCGACCUGCCGUCACCCGGCGGUGUCGCUUCCCCUCCUGCGACCCUGCACCAGGCCCUCGCCUCACCGCUCCAGUCGAACGUCACCUCCCCUCUCUCCGCCUCGCCUCACCACGCUUUCGCCUUCCCCAACGGCACGCAUUCUCCCGACGGCGCAGGACCAGAUGCAAAUCUCGCAGCGAUCGAGAGCACCCUCAAUCACCUCAUCAGCCUGCAAAACCUCGCCUCUCCGCCCGCCUCGUCUCCCACUACCGUCGACCCGUCCGCCUUCGUUGCGCCUGGGAACGCCAAGUCACCGCUGUCUGCAUCGUUCACGGCGUCUCUGCCUGGCAGCUCGUCCGAGCAUACGCCGCAGACUUCGACGAUUCACAGCCGCCGGUCGAGCGCUUCGGGGAGCUCGCUUUCGAAAAGCUCGCAGGCGCAGCAGCACCUCCAGCAGUUCAUCUCGAACCGCAAGGCCUCGACGAGCUCUGCUCCUCCGGCCGCAUCCACCUCCGCCUCCGCCUCUUCCUCCCGCCGCACCUCCGUACCUGCGCCAAGUCCUUACCUCACCGCGACGGCGCUCGCACAGCCACCUCGAUCAUUCUCCUUCGGCGCAGCAGCGAGCGUUGCAGCUGCGGCAGCCAACAAUCCGACUCCCGCUUCGGGCCUGAGUCUCGCUCGACCCGAGUCGAUUCCGCCUCAACUCUCGCAGCCCUCAACGCCAUUCAGCGAAUCGCCACUCCCGCAGUUCUUCUCCGGCUCGGCGCCCGUCCAGCCUUCUGCACUCGUCGGCACGCCCAACCAACCGACGCAGUAUGGCUCUGCCAGCAACGACACGACGGGCUUGCUGUACGACUACUUCCACGCGACAUACCAGCCCUCGCCGUACCUCUCGCAGCAGCAGCUCGACAUGUUCGGCUCGGCACCUGCGAGCGUCGAUCCGUCGCAGCUGCUGAACAGCGCUUCGGCCUCGCCCUUCGGCUCGCCCGUUUCCACUUGGGGAGUCAACCCGUCGUCGCUCGAGGGGUCCGUCCUACCGACAGAGGAGAAGAAGAAGGCGCGGCGGCCAGCUAGCGCCCGGGCCAACAGCACCGGUUCGGUCGGCACGCUCGCUUCCACCAAGGCCAAGUCGGCUCCCGCCUCGCGUGUCCAUUCGCGGUCGAACACCAUUUCGCUCCCGUCGACGAUCGAGGAGGGCAAGGCGCUCGUCACGGGCGACAUCUCGACUGCUCCGUCGGGCGAGACCAAGUCGUCCUCGUCGUCUCCUGCACCAACUGCCGGAAGCGGCACGAUCUCGAAAAAGGUCGACGCCGAUGGCGGUCCCAUCAAGUGCCUCAACUGCGGGACGACCAACACGCCUCUGUGGCGACGCGACUCUGAGGGCAAGCCGCUUUGCAACGCGUGCGGCCUGUUCCGCAACCUGCAUGGCGUCGACCGUCCGGCGAACCUCAACACGGGCGUCAUCAAGAAGCGCAAUCGCAACCGAGGACCGAAGGACCCGAAUGCGAAGAAGAGCGCGGCGAGGAACAAGGCGCGCGCGAACUCGGCUGCUUCUGUGGCGGGGGCGGCGGGCGAAGGGUCCGCUAGCUCGACGACGACCGUUGGGGGUCGCAAGGAGCGCGUCGGUGCGGGUGCGCCGUACCCGAACGCAGCGGCGCGGGCGGCGGCAGCUCAGCAGGACUAG